AUGCUCCAGCAAUCCUUGGCCGCGACGUCGAUGACCAUCUGCAAGCUAAAGACAAGCACGGUGGGAGUUUUGAUGGCCGCCGCCGUUGCGCAGGCUCGCAGCGAACGUUCAGGGUGGGGACACGGCACACUGAACCCAAAAACCCCAAAGUGCCCCACUCCGCCAGUUCGCGGUGGUGCAGGGGCCACCGCCAGCAAGAAAGAGCGGAGGGGCAAGGGGUCCCUCGACAUGGAGAUGUGA